AUGUCCAAAGUCAAACAACGAGAUUUUACUGGCUGGCAAGAGUCUCUGGAUUCUGAAAAACUUACCCUUUUAUCUUUAUUAAGUUUCCGUCGAACAAAGAGUGACUUUUCCUUUAGCGCUUGUGAAGAGCAUUUCGCAAUCACGAAGUUUCUAGAGAGUAUUCCCGAAAUCGUCACCGAUAAGAGGUGGAUUCUUGCUGCUGACAGAAUUAAAGUAAACUUACAUAUCUAUUAUGGGGGCGAGGAGAUAGGGAAGGAGUCGGACUACGUGUCGAUGCAACCACCUAAGCGGCCCGACGGCCUGAGUACGCCUUGGGCUAGUUACGGACUAGUUCUUCAUGAAGCACAAACAGAGGAAGUGAAAGCAUUUUGGCUACGAGUCAACAUUGAAAAAAUAGAGACAGAGAAGAAGCUGAAGGAGUAUGAGAUAGAACUGGGAAAAGCCGAGUUUGCUGCCAGUUUUUUCAAAAUGGGUAAUGAAUUACAUAAAAUCCAGGACAAAGUGCGAAUAGAUUAUGUAUUGAAUUCACAUGCCAACACUAACCAAGGGAAAGACCAUGAGUCUGAUAAG